UGCGCGUCUCGUCUCGAAAUGUACUGUAGAUUUCACCUGUGAUAUUUUUUGUUGCAUGAAUUAUGCUAUCCCUAUACAGUACGUCUAUAAACACGGCCGUGACGGCACAUGACCACCUUUCAACAGUAUUACGGAUCACGCUUUUGUAAUUUGGAGAACAGAAGAUUGCCGUGAGCGAUCCACUGAAACACACGGAGACAGAGCAACCUCUCUGUGCGGCGCUUCAGAUCAAUGCAUGUUUUUUACUUCAAAGAAGCCUGAAGAUUGAAAUAGGAGAACAGCGAAGAGAUAACUAUAGAUGCUGAAAUAUAAGAUUAUCUUUAAAGCGCUUCACUGCGGGGAUGUGAAAAACACGAUUUUUUAUUCAAAGGGCUGAAUCCCUUAAUUUGCAGUUUAAUGACCGAUGGCAAUUGGUCUCCAAAGGAAACGAGAUUUCAGGAGGUGUAUUUAGGUUUAGCCGCAACAGAUCAAACCAUUGCUAUUUGUUUUAUCUGGUUUCUUAACCAUGACCCGCACCGGAACUGAGAAUUUGAAGAAAAGCUUUCUUUAUUGAGUUUGUGAUGUCAAACUGAGGGACAUAAACGCAUCUGAACCGCAUGGGGAUAUUCUACCUUUCCUCAGCUCUCCUUCUCCAUGUCCCCUUAGUCACUGGAAGCUCAAGUGGAAUUGAAGUUGGCAGGAACUACUCUAAAGCCUAUGAGGAAAUCACUCUUCUCUGCCAAAAGGAGGAGCUCAGGUUUGGAAACUGCCUUGUUAACUGGCUGAGAUGUUACUAUAAGAAGGACUGUGGCAGGGAGUACAUGUUGAUGAAAUUGAUCUGCUCAGAAGUGAGCUCGAACCAGAGCAGUCCAGUCAAUGAGUUUCCUGACUGCAGGGAGGGUGGCAGCGAGGCCAGCCUGCUGGUGUCUCCCCUGGUGGUGGCAGGCAUCGUCAUCGGUCUGGUUCUCUUCCUGUCCUGUGUCACCAUCAUUGUUGGCAGCCUGCGCAAGGACGGACGCCUCCGGAACCCACAUCUCCGCCCUGAGUCCAGCUACGCUACUGAUGGCUUCUCCUAUAGUGGGUCUGUUGGGGAUCUGAGGUCAAGGUGUAUUGAGGAAUUCCCACCAGCCUUCGAUUUCGACUCGUAUGUGGAGACAGUCUCUCAAGUCAACGUGAUGUAUCCUGACUCACCUCCUCACUAUGAUGAAUGCGUGGGGCCUGGUGCGACGCAAAUAUACAUCCCAACAGACGACCCCCCACCUUACUCUCUCACUGACCCCUGCCAGGCCGGAGAUCUCCCGCUUCCACACACAAGCCUGGAAAUGGAGGAGCUGACGGGCGGAGCGUCCUGGGCGAUGGGAAGUGCUUCCAGGUAUCAAAUCGCCCUGCAGGAGCUUAGGCAGCAGCCAGUCUCCUCUAUCUCCCUGUCAGCUCCCACCCUGGAAGAAGCACCCCCAUACGAGACUGUCAUCCGUGAACAGAGCCUCCCCAUCCCCCUGAUACUGCUGGACCUCCUUAAGCACACAGCCACGGAGAGCAGUCAACACCAGCCCAUCUGCCAUAGAAUCCUGUAAGCGCUGUGCAAAGACUGGAACCUUUUCAGCAGCUGUGAGACAAGGUGAAGCAGUUCGUUCUCCGUUUUUUUUUUAAUUUUAAGAAUUUUAUUUAGAUGGUUUUUUGGUUCUUGGUUUUUGUUGUUAUUACUCCCACCAUGUCUCACAGAGAGCCAAAUGAAAUGGUGCAACUGACUGGAAUACACUUGAAAGCUUAAGCUGUAAACCCCCUCUAUCUCUGGGAUUUAUCUGUGAAACCUCCAGCAGCGUGUCCAGCACACCCCUCCCUUCCUUCUAUCACAUCAACUGCCAUUGUUUCUUUAUAGUGUACACACCACAUGAACCAUAAUGCACUGCUCCCUCAGUUAUCGUUGCCAGUGAGGAAAGUAACUGCCACAGAAACAAAGCAGAUCUACAGUGCUUUCAACAAUUGCCUUUGAAGAAUGUUAGCUUUCCUCUGUUUAUUAAUUUUUUGGUCUCGGACAUGUACCAGCUAUGCAGUAUGCAAAAAAAGAUCAAAUCUGACUUUGUUCCUGUCAUUUUGUCGAGUGUUUCACCAAAUCUCUUGACAGUUUCCAAAGGAGGGUGAUAUUUACUGGAGUUUCAAUACAAUUCUGAGAAUGAAUGUGGAAAAAUUAUUAUUUUUUCUUUUAUUUUAGUUCAUGCUGGUCUAAGUCAUGACUUGUGAAGUGAAUCUUUGUUUCUUCUUAAGUUUCUCAAAUCCAAGACGUUUGCACUGAAAGAAAAAUAGGAUUGCAUCAUCCUUAUAAUUGAGUGGACACGUUUCUCUGUUUACAUAUAAUAUUUAUUUCCUUUUCAACUCUGAGAAGUCUUUGUUGAGAUAUUAAAUUAUUUAGCAAAUAAUGAUUUAAGCAGAAACAGCGGAGGAUCACCACACUAAAUAUAGUUCAUUUAAAUUACCUUUACAUUUUCAUUAUGAAGAUUUGUAUGUUUAGUCUGUUUUUUCAACUCCAUGAUCAUAUUGCUUAUAAACCCAAGGCCUAAUUUUAAGAUUUUCCAGUUUGUUUUCAAGCUAAAAGAAAUAUGGAAGUGCAUUUAAAAGUGAGAAGAGCAGGCAUUUCUUUACACAAAUGUUUGUGUAUCAGGCUACCCUGCUGUUUUAUCAGAGACAAUACGCUUUUUUAAAGAAAUGACUGGAUGAGAUCCUUAUAUUAAUUAGCUAAUAACUACCAAAUGGGCUUAUGUUAGAGUAAUCUCCUGGCCUAUUGUUUUUUUUCAUUUUGUUUAAUUGAGGUUUAACCUGCAUAUUAUACUGGGUGUCACAAUUUCAAUACGGUUUUGUAAGCAAAAUGUUCUGUGUUUAGACUAGCUGACCUUAAAACCUUAUAAUGUUGUGAUACCUGCUAUAUUACAGUGGUGCCACAAUUAGCAUCCAUACUUGCACUGCCAAAAGCAUUCUUUUGUUUUUCACUUUUAACUGUGCUUUUAUAGACAUACAGAUAUUCUACUUACACUAUAAUAUGUAGCCAUAGUUUAUACAUAUCAUACAUUUACUCACAAAAAACUGUAGCAUUCAAUCUAGUGAUUUUUGAUAAAAUAUGUAGCCUAUCUAAAAUGUACAGCUUAAAACAAUGUAAAAGAUCCCACCCUUAGUUGGCUUCUAGACGUCAGUAUGCUCAAGUAUAUCCAAACAAGAAAACUCAUUAUGGUGAGACAGCCAACAUGUGUUGUGAUGUGCAAACCUUUUAGUAAUAGUUAGAAAAAUAUGUGGAAGUGCUGUAGCUUAGAGGUUAUAUGCAAAAGAAUAAGGUAAAGGCUGUGAUUAAACUGUACUCUACCAAAUAAUCCUGAACAAACUUCAUUUACAAUUGUAAUUUACUUAUUGAGGCCACAAACAUUGAAAAAGGUGACCCUAGUCUCUGCUGUGAGUGAUUCUGAAAAUAUGUAGUGUAUGUUAAAAAAAAUGAUAUACAGUACUGUUUAAUUUGAUCAAAUGAUGAUUAAAUCUGCCCAAUUAAAUAAUACUAAUUUAAAUAUAGAGGGGUUCCCCUUUAUAGGUUGCCUAAAUAUGCAUUUUUCGGCAGAAUUGUCAUUGAGAUAUUAGGAACACAAUGUAAACAAUUCUCACACCAUUUUGGGUAUGCAACACACAAAUUUCCCUCACAUUGUUUUUGACUUGGUGACUUUUAUUUAGGAAAAAGUCUUGUAUCUCAGAUUUCACAUACCUGAUGGAGAAUUUAAGGCAUGACAUUUUCAUAUCUUGUUCAUUUUUUAACUUUGCACCUACAACGAUAAGUUCUAAGUGUCCUGAAAUGGCACAGUGCUGGUGCUGGAUGUAAGAAGUGCAGUAGCAUCUACGAUCAAGCAAAACUUGUCCAUGUCUCAAGGUAAGUUGAUAUUAAAGAGUGUUUGGUUUAAAUCAAUUAAAAACUCAAUUAACAAUUACAAAAGUGAUGAAAAUGCUUUAAAUUAUGUAAUGUUAAAAUGGUUGGUAAAUCACAAACCGUUUUUAGAGUAAAAAUGUUACAUGUACAGGUAUAAUAAUGUACAGUACCAUAUUUUUGGGUAGCUACAAGUGAAACACACUCUUGUUAUGAUUUCUGGUCUCUAAGCCUACUCCAUUGAUUCUUAUUGUAUAAGCCUCCCUUUAUUAACGAAAACGUUAUUAUCACUACUUAUUCCUCUACAGUAUAUAUGUAGUUUUGCUAUAAUUUAGCUCUUACUGGACCCUAACCCCAAAAUACAUCGGGGUCCCCUGUCUUCAUACCCAAAAGUGUCAUCACUGGCCUCUGAACAAGAAUUGCAGAAUGAGAUAGAACAGACUGAGGCACAAUGAGUAGGACAGGUGAUCUGACUGAAGCCUGAUUGCACUGACCUGCCCAUCCUGGUCACAGAUAGAUUGUUGUGUAUUUAAAAGACGUGGACAGUUCUAUGACUUAUAAAUUAAUCUCACUGAGCAAUAAAUAGACUUACCACUUUUUUUCACCGCAGAAGAAAGACUGCAAAAAAUUAAUGCACAAUAUGAUAUGAUAAGAAGUAAUUUUCAUUAAAACAGUGUUCGACACAGUCAUACACUGUACAUAUAUCAACAGAUGCCACUGAAAGAUGAAUCACCUGCCCACAACCUUAAAAUGAGCAUCACUGUAUCCACAGGUUUUCCUGUCACACAGUUAACUGUGAAUACUUGCACAUACAUAAACAUAUAUUUAAUUCAGAACAUAUGUACACAUAAAGUAUUCUAUUUGUCCUAUUUUGAGAAUAGCUGGGUAAGACUAAAGCAAUUGAUUGCCCAGUAUGCUUUUACUUAAUAUUUUUCUAAGUUUCUAAAUGUAAUAUUGCUUUUAUGUAUUUAUACCUGUU